UCGGCGCGCGAGGGGAUGCAGCACGACAUGUCAUCUGCGGCGAUUAUUUCAGGCUUUGUCUCUAUUUUUUAAGUCCUCGCUCAAGUGGAUAGCAAAUAAAGUGCACCUGAAAGCGUCAUCUGUGGUCCAAUUUGGAGGCCAUUAUGUGUUUGUGGCGGGAUGCAACCAAAGUGGCAACAUCUUCCAUAUUUUGAGGACAAAACUCAGAGCUCAUCAUGGAGCGGAAGGCUCGUUACAAUUCUAUCCUGGACAGAAACACAGCCAUAACUUGGCAGGGUGACUGCUAUGUGUAUCUUCAGUCCACUUCCUGCUCGCCACCGUCCAAGACACAACCCCCAGCUCUCGACUGGGUCCAAACCCACCAAGACCAUCUGCGUCGCUUCACCAGCGCCCCGUUCUUGGAGGGCUUGUUGCUACACAUGAGAAAGACGCACCUGCUGAGUUCCACCGAAGAGAGUCGGAUCAAAGAAGCGAGUGGAUUGGCCGAGCAGGUCAACAUGCUCAUCACUAACGUCUGCGCCAGAAAAGACUCGCACGCUUCUGAAGCCAUCAGAGACUUCACGGAGGCCUCCGAUUCUCCAGCGGCAGAACUCAUCAAGAACUACGAUUCUAUGGUGAAGGACCAUAAAGAAAACCUUCUGCGAUGCUACGAACAUCGGAGAGACAGCAGCCCCAAACGAAACUUCCCCUCCAGAGACUUACUUCUGGUGGAGGGACUUUCCGACUUGCAGCAGAAGGAGCACGACCUGACUCAGGUGGGAGCCACUCGUGGUAGGAAGAGGAACCAUCUCAGAGAGCUUAGCCUCAACCGACUCUUGGAACCCCUCACCAGGGUCAGCUUACCUCCGAGGGUCUCCCUCACAAUCGGAGUAGGUGGAAUUGGCAAGACCACGAGGGUCCGGGACUUCAUCUUACAGUGGACUCAAGGAUCGAUCUGUUCCAAUGUCAGCUUUGUCUUGCCUUUCACUUUUUCUGAGCUGAACGUCUUGGAGAAGCUCUCAGCGGAAAGGUUGGUAAGGAUGGCGUUCCCGCAUUUAAGCGACCCUGGUCUAAUCCUGAGCAGCUCCUGCCAGACGUUGCUCAUAUUUGAUGGCUUGGAUGAGUUCCGCUGCACUCUGAAUUUCUCCAAUGCUCCCCCCUGUGAGGACCCGAAGAAGGAAGUACCCAUAGAGGACUUGGUGACGAAUAUUAUUCGAGGGAAUCUUCUUCCAGGUGUGGCUCUAUGGGUGACCUCCAGACCUAAAGCAGCUUCGCUUAUUCCGGGAGGAUUAGUGGACAGGGUGACUGAGGUACCAGGAUUUAGCCCAAAUGACAUCCAGGUUUUCCUAAAUCAUCACCUCCCUGAGUCGGAUUUUGCCCAUAACAUUUGGACACACUUGCAGUGCCAUAAAAACUUGAUGGUGUUUUGCUACACCUCGUCUUUCUGCUGGGUGGUGGCGGACACCAUGAAGUAUCUCCUCCAAGGUGGUGUGGAGGAACACCUUCCAAGGACUUGCACGGAGCUCUAUGCCCACUUUUGUUGCAUGAAGGCAGAAUCGGGCGAGCCGAGAGGAAGGGAGCCUCUUAAAAUGGAGACGCUGAACGGGAGCAAUCGAAAGCUGCUCGGGAAUCUUGGGCGUCUUGCCUUUUAUGGACUCCUAAAAUAUAAAUACACUUUUAGCGAGCAGGACCUGAGAGCCUACGGGAUAGAACCGCUCUUGACUCCCAAUAGCCUCGCCGCCGGACUUCUUAUUCGAGACGAGGCAGUUUUAUGCACGACGUAUCGCUUUGCUCAUUUAACACUGCAGGAGUUUCUUGCGGCCGCGUUUUACUUUGUCUCGUCCAAGCGAACCAUUUUCGACCUGUUCUCCGAGAGCACCAUGUCCUGGCCCAAAAUCGGUUUUCAUAAUCACUUCAAAAAUGCCAUUCAGCGCUCGCAACAAGCUGAGGAUGGACAUCUGGAUGUGUUUGCUCGCUUCCUCUCGGGCCUCCUAUGUCCACUCUCGCCUCUAGCUGGGCUUUUGGGCCAAGACGAUGGCAGCCAGAGGGCAUGGGCAGCAGGCUUUGUACACAACAUCUUGGACGGCGGCCAUGCUCUGGUGUCCCAGCGUGCCGUCAACUUGGUGUAUUGCUUGCAGGAGAUGCAACAGGCAGAGAUACUGCGGGCCGUGGAAGAUGACUUGAGGCUCGGGAGCCUGGCGGGGAAGCUAACACGCGCUAAUUGUGUGGUGCUGGGCUACUUGCUGCACGUUUCUCCAGAGUGUGACGAACAAACAAACCUCACAGCGUCCCUCGACUACACCACUGUCAAAUGCUUGUUGCCACAGUUGCUCUACUGCCGCCAUCUCAGGUUAGAAAGUAAUCACUUCAAAGACGAUGUCAUGGAAUUACUGGGAAGCCUCCUGAGCGCCAAAGACUGUCACAUUCACAAAAUAAGUCUCGCAGACAAUGAUAUCGACAAUAAAGGUGUCCGAGCGCUGAGUCGAGGCAUCAUGGUGAACCGGACCCUAACGUCUCUCAAUCUGAGGAACAACAACAUCGGUGCCACUGGCGCCAAAUUCCUGGCAGAGGCCCUCAAAAUGAAUCAAGUGCUGUUAUCGGUCAACCUCCAGAACAACACAAUUGAAGAGGAAGGUGCACGCGCCCUUGCUAAAGUACUGGAGUGUAGCCGCAAAUUAGUGUCCCUGAACAUAAGGAAGAAUGGCAUUGGAGCUAAUGGAGCCAAGAAGAUCGCAGAUGCACUGAAGAUGAAUCGGACUCUUACCAAACUCACCCUGUGCAGUAACCAGCUUGGCGACAAAGGCACGGCAUCAGUGGCUGAGGCGUUGACAGUAAACCACACGCUGCUGUCACUUCAGCUGCAGAGUAACUCCAUCAGCAACAAAGGGAUGACAGCCCUGACAAAAGCACUCCGGCUCAACAGAGGUCUCGUUUCAUUGAACUUGAGAGAGAACUCUAUCGGCGUAGAGGGAGCAAAGAACAUGGCCCACGCGCUUCAUGAGAAUAACACAUUGCAGGACCUCGACCUCACAGCCAACCUGUUACACGAUGAAGGGGUUCAAGCGAUUGCGGAAGCGGUCAGAGUUAAUCAAGGCCUGACCUCUUUGCAUUUGCAGUGGAAUUUCAUCAAAUGCUCUGCCACCAAAGCGCUGGCUCACGCGCUCCUCAGUAACACAACCAUGCAGCUGUUGGACCUGCAGGAGAACGCUAUUGGCGAUGAAGGUGUCAUUUGUCUGGCGGAAGCCCUGAAGACAAACACAUCAUUGCGUACAUUAUGUCUGCAGGGUGUGUCCGUGGGCUCCAGUGGUGCAGUAGUGAUGGCAGAGGCUCUCAUGACCAACCCAAGCCUGCAAACAUUAGACCUGCGUGGAAACAGUGUCGGGAUGAAGGGAGCCAAGGCCUUUGCCAAAGCCUUAAAAAUCAACAGAAGUCUGAAAUCAUUGAAUCUGCAGGAGAAUCAUCUGGGAAUGGAUGGAGCCAUUUUCCUUGCCACGGCCUUGAAAGGAAACCACCACGUGACAUACAUCAAUUUGCAAGGAAAUGGUCUUGGAGAAUCAGGAGCCAAAGUCAUAGCCGAUGCCAUCCGAGCUGACGCACCUGCUUGCGUGGUGGAUAUCUGAACUUCUCAGAGAAAGCCAGGAAGGAAGUUUUUGUUGUACAGUAGCAUGCUGGACCUUGCUGCAAGGAAUAAACAUGUUUUCCACUUACA